AUGCAAACAAUUUUGCGGUAUGGCGAAAAGCCAAUUGAAUUUCAACUUGAAACUGAUGGAGAAUUCUACUAUCUGGCCUCUGAGGUUGGUAGAUAUCUGCGUCUUUUUCGCGGUGAACUUUUAAAACGCUACCCAAAUCUGUGGAAGCGUCUUACCACUUCCGAGGAACGUGACAAACUCAUUGCUAUGGGUAUGCUCUUUCAAUCUAACCCCUUUUUACUCUCAUCUUUGCAUUUUGAAUAUCGUCUUAUCUCAAAUACAGGUCUCGCAACACCAGUCACAGCUCUAAAUGCUGUCAUCCUGCGAGCCAUCGAGGUUGACGAGUUAAUCGGAGGCAGUGAGGACCGCUUCAAGUCCUUUGAGCCCAGUCUCAACGGAUCCAUUGCUCCCAGCGCAAUUCGACCUAAUUUGGCUGGCUCGACGACUUCAUCCCUUUCUGGCAGUGUCUUUGGUUCUACCACUGCGAUGUCAUCUCCAACCGCCGCUUUGACAGCCACUGGAACAGCGGUAGGUGGAGAAGGUUUCACCAAUUCCUCUGCCAACCCCCUUAAGCCGGCUGGAGGCGGCGGUGGUAGUGGUGGUGGUGGAGUUGGUGUCAGUGGUGUUGGUGGGAGUAGCGUCGUCGGAGGUGGAAGCGGAGGUGGGGGUUCUCGUAGUGGAGGUUCGGCUGCAGGCCGAUGGAUAGUCUUAUCGGUUCUCUUGCUUACUAUUGAUGAGGACUACUCUACUCCGACAGAUAAGGUGAGCAGCAAAGUGUCUAACUUCCCAAUUUGUCUGGAUGACUCGGACCCUGUGGCGUACCAUGAGAACGCCCAGCAACCGGAACACCUUGUUCCCAUCCGAUUGGACAUCGAGUUUGAUGGAGUGAAGUUGCGUGACUGCUUCACUUGGAACCGUACGGAGCAGCUAAUCACGCCAGAGCAGUUUGCAGAGAUUCUCUGUGACGAUCUUGACCUCAAUCCAAUCUCUUUCGUACCUGCCAUUGCUCAGGCCAUUCGACAACAGGUGGCAGCCCACCCAGUGGAAAACAUUCUCUCAGGUCAAACAGACACUCGCGUGAUUGUGCGAUUGAAUAUUCAUGUGGGCAACAUGUCAUUGGUGGACCAGUUCGAGUGGGACCUCUCCGAACCAGCCAACUCGCCGGAGCAGUUCGCUGCAAGGCUCUGCGCCGAAUUGGGUUUGGGUGGAGAAUUUGUUACCGCUGUCGCUUACAGCAUUCGUGGCCAACUGGCGUGGCAUCAGCGACUAUACGCUUUUACUGAAUCACCACUUCCGACAAUCGAUGUAGUUUUUCGCAGUCCCAAUGAGGCUGAUCAGUGGAGUCCGGUUGUCGAGGUGCUGACAGAUGCCGAAAUGGAGAAGAAGAUUCGUGAUCAGGAUCGUAACACAAGACGUAUGCGGCGUCUGGCCAACACGCAACCCAGCUGGUGA